CUUCUCUUUUUUUCAUCCCCAUCCUCCUCUCCUCCUCCCCUCUCAGGUUACGGUGGGGUGGAGCUACUGUUGGUGUUGUGGGGCCUGGAUCUCUCUUCACCCUGCCCUCGCCACUGUAUCUGCUACACUUCACCUAGCACUGUCUCCUGCCAGGCCCACAACUUCCAUGCUGUGCCUGAGGGCAUCCCCGCUCAGAGCGAGCGCGUUUUCUUGCAAAACAACAAGAUCCAACGGCUACUUCGAGGGCAUUUCUCGCCCACUACCACUAUGCUGUGGCUUUACUCCAACAACAUCUCCUAUAUACAACCAUCCACCUUCCAUGGCUUUGACCGCCUAGAGGAGCUUGAUCUUGGGGACAACCGGCACCUGAAGGCCAUUGCCUCGGACACCUUCCUGGGCCUUGGUCGGCUACAUGCCCUUCAUCUAUACCACUGUGGCCUGAUCACCCUCCCUCCCGGGAUCUUUUCAGGCUUACAUAAUCUCCAGUAUCUCUAUCUACAGGAUAACCAGUUAGAAUUCCUAGAGGAUGAUUUGUUCAUCGACCUUCUGAACCUCAGUCAUCUCUUCCUACAUGGCAAUCGUCUAUGGAGUCUUCGCCAGAACACUUUUCGAGGUCUAGGAGUCUUAGACCGGCUCCUUCUCCACCAGAAUCGAAUCCAGUGGGUUGAUCGUCAGGCCUUCCAUGACCUUCGGCGUCUCACUACUUUGUACCUGUUUAAUAACUCCCUCACUGAGUUGUCUGGUGCCACCCUGACUCUUCUGCCGGCCCUGGAGUACCUGCGACUCAACGACAACCCCUGGGAGUGUGACUGCAAGGCCCUGUCACUUUGGGAUUGGCUGCGGAGGUUCAGAGGCUCCACCUCCUCUCUGAUGUGUGUUUCGCCGCCUGAGCUGACGGGGAGGGACCUGAAAACGCUCAAGAAAGAGGAGCUGCCCAGUUGCAUAUCAGGCGAGAGUCAUGCGCAUGGCGCCCCAGGCAGAGAGAUUGAGCACGGGGAGUCUUUAAACCACCUGAAUCGUCACAGAAACCAUCACAACCACCAUCAGCGGCCAUACUUGCCCCACGGGGACCAGUACAGCUUGCCUUCACCCUCACCCCUACCACGGCCACCUAAAGGAGGCCGCCGAAACUGUACUCGCCGUGGCCGCAAGGCAAAAGGGGGGCUCAAUGAGGUGCAGGUACUUCAGGAGGGGGGUGAAAAAGACUACACUCCAGAUGGCGAUAAAUAUGACCUGUCUGCCACAACAAGGAGGAAGAACAAGUGCAUCCCCAGAACUUCCGUUGGCCCACCAAUUGGGGUCCAGAGAGCUAAUAACAAAGCAGGGUCACAUCAUGCAGGUUUAGUUUCGUGUUUGUCAUCAGCUCUGCUGCUGUCACUCUACUUUGUGAUCCUACGUUGAGGCAGGAAACGGACACUGUUGUGCUGGUGAUGCAACCAUAUGAUUCAUUCUCCUGAACCACCUUGUUCUGGCUCUUUAAAUGAGGCAUGUGCACAUAAAUGUGUGUGUAAAUGACUGUGUACAAAGGACAUCACUGAAAAUCCCUGUGGUAUUAAUGCAGGGGUCAUUCUGAGUCAUAAUCAAUACAUGUUAGUCAGGGAAAACUAUUUUGCCCACUUGCUUUGAUGAUGUCACCAAGGGAAACAACAGGAAAACUUUUGUGUCUCUGGCAUCAACUGCUUCACUGAAUUUAUGUACAGCCACAUAAAAUAACAAGCCAAUAAUUCAGCAACAGGAACACACAGUAAGUAUCAAAACAGUUCAUGGCUCGGUCUCUGCGUUUAGCCCCCGUGACACGAUAGCGCUCUCAACCGCAACCUCCAUCUGUCAGUCAAGCCGAGAGGAAGACAUACUCAUUUGUAGCUGUCACCGUACUCACUCAGCAACACCUUAAGAUCAAGAAAGAAAAUACCGCUGACACAAGUGGCAGGAAAAUGAGUCAUUGUGAAACGUUUAGCAGUAAUAGCUAUAACCAUUAUAUACCUGCAAAUAAAGUGGUUUUCGUUCACGUAUCAGGACAAGUUUAAUGUGAAUCUGUAUGCUUAACUUUUUACUUUUUAGUCUAAAUUCUGAAAGUACCACAGAAAUUGUCACUCAACUAUUCGCCAUUCAGGUCUUCAAACUGUUGAAAACUAUAAUCUGUCUGUGCCCUCACAUCGAAACUUCAAAAAGCCAUUCAGAACUAACCAAUCGUUCAAGGAGCCAGCUGGUCACAGUCAGUGUAAAUGAAUGGGAACGAGUGACUGAAAAAAAUUACGAUUUUUUUGUAUUAAUGUUUGUAUGUAUAUGUGUGUGUAUGUGUGUGUGUGUGUCCUCUAAAAAAUUAAAUUAAAAAACGCUAAAGCCAUGCGGGUAGAAUGAAGUUAGAAAGCAAGAGUGCCUAUCGAGAGCCAGUUUCCAAUAUGGGCAAAACUUUGGAAUUUCAUUCAGCCUUUGACCUCUGUGGCUACAAAACAGAGGCUCGGCUUAUGCAGGUCAAGGAAAAGCUGAGGCCUGAGCCAGACUCACAAUUCCAAGAAACAGAUAUGCACUUUCCUCUUUCAUACCACAGAGGCUAUAAAUACAUCUUCUAAAGAGAGAUGAUCCAAUCCAAAUAUUCUUCGGAAGCUUUCAAUCAGAUGAUGAUCACCACAAGUCACGACAUCUUCUGCAAAGAUCCAAUCGUUCAUCAAAAGGAGAGCAGAGAAGUAGCUCAAAAUCUGUGAUGAUCACCGGAUGACUGACAAACUCCUGGUUUUCUCUCUUUGUUUAGUGUGCUCCGAAACAGACGGACUCAUCGAUGUGCAAGCCCUGACUGGAGACUUGGAUUUUAAUGCUGCUACGUUUGAGGAGAGAGAAUCCCAUUGGCCUUUUGUUGGCUCGGGACCCCUCUUCAAGAAAUUAAAAAAAGCACAGAAAGAACUGUGUGACAUGGCGCCCUUUGAGAGGUUCAAGCACACACCCUCUAACCCUCCCAAAAUAGCCCAAUCUAUCACCUUCACAGCCUUCCUGUCCCACUAUAAACUCCCCAUGAGUCCAAGGUUUUCGAAUCACAAACAGCACCACAGAUAAUGCCGAGACUUUGACUCAGUCACUCAGCCAAAGUGCUCAAUGACAAAACCUGUACAGAUACUCAUGGGCCACCCGGGUACCUUGGCAAGCCAGUAAUGCUAAAGAUCUCUUUGUUUCUUUUACAAUUACAAAGUUAUAAAUCUUAUUUUGAAAAAGAAAAAUACCCUUUUAUGCAAAAGAUGAACUAUAAGCUUAAAAAAAACAAGCUAAAUAAUUGGCACGCUAACAAAAAGCACAAAGAAUAAUGAGUUUAGUUUUGCUGGCAUCCUAAAAAUACCUGGUUUUGAUGGGAAUUCAUGAGCAGGGCCCGCAUUUGUACCCUGCUUGGGUGUGUUUCCCACUGAGCCCCGCCUUUUCAUGUCUCUCUAUCUAGAUGUCGGGAAGCCUGUCACUUGAGUCAUUCUCCUGACAUGUAGGAUUUAGAAAUCCCUACUGGUGAACUUGUUUGUGCUGCUGUUAACCCAGAGGUGAUGUAAAUUGUGUCUGUUUAUUCCUGUGAGGAUGACUUUUAUAUAUAUAUUAAAAAAAAGAGAAAAAAAAGUGGAUAAACUGAUUCUCUGAUGUGUCUCAGUAGUUCCCUCAAAAAAAAAAGAGAGAGACUAAAAACAGGGAGCUUGAGGCUGGAACUUUUAUUAUUAUUUUUUAAAUAUGAUUUUUAUCAUUAUAUCAUUUUCCCUUUCAGUCUUUUAUUUUUGCUUUCCUGUUUUGUUUUCGCUGACUCACUGAAGAUAAACGGUACACUGCACUGCUCCACCCCCAACCCCUCCCCUUACCGCUCCUCCAGCUUUCCUAUUCAUCCCCUUUUUUCCCUCCCCUCCCCUUCUCCUCACCCCUCCAAAACUUGCAUCCUUUCUCUCUCCUUGUCUGUCUGUCUAUUCUCUUUUCCUUCUCCUCCUUCUCUGCUCCUUUCCUUGCUACUCCCAACGCACACAAACACACACACACACACACACACACACACACACACACACACACACACACACACACACACACACACAUACAGCUCUAUCUCUAAACUCUUUUCCUUUACUCUCUUCCUUUGUGCAACCCAAAUGUUUUGUAUGUGGUUAUCAAACAAUGCCAGACUCAAAAGCUGUUUAUAAAUAACAUUAAACAGAAAGUGUCCUCAAAUGGCUGAGGUGGUCUUGUGUUUGUUUGCCUCCCUUUUGUCAGCACAUAUGCGCAUCUGUCUGUGUGUGGCUAAUAGACAUAAGUUUAUAAUGAGCCCUGGGGCUGAAUGAUAAGUGAGUGAAAGGAGAGGAAAAUGGUUAAAAAGUUUUUUUUUUAAAAAGAAAAAAAAAGCUAAUGAAUAAGUAUGCACAUCAUCUACUGCUCGGAGAGAAACACUCACAUUUAGCCAGGAUAUAUUUUGGCCUGCUUCGUGUCCUAGUUUCACUCACUACGCUGCAGCCUCAUAUUAAAUAUGUAUCAGAGUGAGUCUAAGUACAUGCGCGCACACAAACUGUCAAAUACACUCACCUGUCGAGCUCUAUUAGCUGCGAGGGUGCCAGUGAGUUGUCUUGCGUCGGGUCAAGGCGAGGUCGGCUAGAGCGUUGGCAUGUGCCGUGCUUGCUUUAAAUGUGUUCGUGUUCAUGCUCAUGCAUGUGUCCGCAUGUGAAUUGUUGUAUUGAUGCAGGCGUGCGUGUUUGUGCACUAAAUAUGCAUGCUCACCGCUGUACCUUGUAUGCACACUGGCUCAGAUCUAGCCUGACAGCCGGCUAGGGCAAAGAGAGGUGUGCCUUUGAGAGACAAUAUCACUGCUCUGUUUGUAAAACAAAGCUGACAAUUGGGAGAGAGAGAGAGUGAAUUAGACACUAGAAUUUAAGGCAGAAGGGUGGAUGUCCAUGAAGUAGUUAUCAGCGCCAGACAGACCAGCGGCCAGGGGACAGGAAGUCAGCAUAACACAGGUGGCUCCAGCAUCAGCGGCUGCUGGUGUACAGUCGGUCGCUGUGUGCGUCCCAAAUGAAGCCUGGGUUGCAGCUUACAUGUGUUCAUUCAUGUAGAGGCACUAUGCAAACCACUAGAAGCCAGCAUUUAAAUUAAGCAGAAAGGUUCUGCAUCAGUGAGUUCGGGGAGAUUUAUGAAAUAUGAAUCUGUUUCUAAAAUUGAAGUCACAUGGUUCAAAGGGUAUUAAUUAUAAAGGUAGUUGAAGUAAAAGGUUUAUGAGCACAAUAAAGAAUGGCCAGUGAAACUGCAGGAGGUGAGAUGUAUGGAAGAUGCGAAGGAAAGAAGACUGAAUACUAAUAUCAGAUGAUGAAAAAAGACAUUAGACUAAGAUAAGGUGAGAAAAUAUAAAGUGCGUUUUUUCUAAUGAUGUAAAUUUUAAAAAGUUACCCCCCACAACUCACACCUGAUUACAUCAAAGCCUAUUGAAUUAAGAAAUCCCUCAACAAAUCGUCCAAACGAUCUAAAAUAACUCAAGAACAGCUGAGAAACAACAUCAUUAGUCUAGAAAGGGUUACAAAGCCAUUUCUAAGGCCUUGAGUGAACCCAGCCUGGUGAACCACAGUGAGAGUAAUUAUCCACAAAUGGAGAAAACUUGGGACAGUGGUGAACCUUCCCAGGAGAGGCCGGUCAACCAAAACUAUUCCAGAAGAGCAUCAGUUGAGGUCAGAGUUCAUGAUUCAACAGUAAGAGAAUGAGCAGAAAUGAGGAAAAAUGGCAUCCAUGGGAGAGGGGCAUUUUCACAUUAGAUAAAAAAUUUCUUGAUGACUGGCACUCGGAUUAUUCAGCAAAGGAAUGAUGGGAAACACCAGCAAGUCUACCUCUGAAUACCUCAAAAAAGAAAUUCACCUGAGAUGUUUCGGCUUGACCUUAAACAGGCCAUUCAUACGUGAAAAUCCUCCACUGUGGCUGAAUUAAAACAAUUCUGCAAAGAACAGUGAGCCAAAAUUCCUCCACGGUGAUGUGAAAGACUCCUCCCCAGUCAAUGCAAAUGCUGGUAUUGUAGUUCUUACUGCCAGUUAUUAGAUUUAGGAAGGAAAUCACUUUUUCACACAGGUCCAGGCAGGUUCAGAUUACGCCUUUUUCUCCGUUGAAUGACUGAAAUAAUUGAAUGAAUUAAAAACUGCAUUUUGUAUUUAUUCAGCUUAUCUUUGACUAAUAUUAAAAUUUGUUUGAUGAUCUGAAAUAUGUCAUGGUGACAUAUAUGCAAAAUAAUUUCUCAGCACUACAUAACAGACAAGAACAUGAUGAAUUAAUAAAAAUGACCAAGUUGGCAAAUGUCAGCGUUAGGAAUCUCUGAACAAACAGGAAAUUUUGGGUAGAAAUUAGAAAUUUUAAUAAGAACAUAUGGAAAAAUAAAACAAGAAAGGUAAAAGUGAGGAAGAGAAGUGUGAUAAAUAAUAGGAUCCUUCCUAUUAUUUAUCACGCUUCAAGUGUAGGAAGAGUUUGGAGAAGAGAGAGAAGAAAAAAAGCAAUCAACAGACGUAACAGAUGCCGUUAAAGUCAAUCAGAGGAAUGGAAGGAGGAAAUUAAAGAAGAGAAGGAUGCAUGGGGGAAAAAGAGAAAACAUUCAGAGACAGAUGUAUGCAAGCUUCAUGAUCAAACAGUAGAACAGCUCAUCCACUAGUUCAGUCCCUAAGCUGAGGAUCUAAAAUAGCCGCAUGUGAAUAUUUAUAUAUAUUCCAUCGGCAAAGAGGCCAGGCAAAAUUGAUUUCUCUGUGUGAAUCCCCGAAGAGUUGAGACUCAGCAAAAGAAAAGCAGCAAAGAGCAAGGGAGAGUAAAGCGAAAGAAAUAAAGCUAUUCUAGAAAGAACAGAGGAGGAUUUUUGUGAAAUGAGUCAAAAACGAAGAAAUGAGAGACACCUUCGGCUAAACGCAAGUGUACAACUGCACCACACUGAUGCAAAUGUUCGUCUCGCAUACAAUCUAUACCAGUAAGACUGCAAGAAUAUAAUUCACACUAUCUUACUUGAUUUUCAUUCCCAUCACCAUCCGAGUGCAUUGCAUCUCUCGCGCACCAGCUCACAUGCCUUACAGUUGCUGGCUGUAAGCACCAUUUAACACCAGCCAUCUUUCCAUGGCCAUAACCAUCAGGCUACAUUACUCUCAUUAUCGGCAAAUAUAUGGUUCUAAUUAGAGAGAAGGUCAAAGUAUUGAACUGUGACUGAGCUAGUGGAAACUGUGAGCCUGUACAUUUCUAGAUGUGAAACUUUUUCAAAAGUUUCAAGUUUGAAGUUAACACUUGCAUGGCACUUACUUGCUGAUGGCCAGUGUAAUCUUCCUGUACUGGGUUCCUUCUUUAUGAAGUGCGUCUACAUAUUAUUGCCACUUGACAAGCCUCAUAAAAAGGCAAUAAAAGUUCAUGUGCAUAUGAAAAAUCAGCAGGACUCACACACAGUUUGAGGCGUUUUCAGCCUUUUAGCAGCAGAGACUUACACAAGGAAACGUGAGAAAUGACAUUUGAAAAUGCAGCUGAAGUUUUCAUUACCUCUUGCAAAUGUGUUAUAAAUCAAACAUAUGUCAGAGUGAUUUCCUAAAUUUUAGAGUCUUGCUGCAGUUUUAUUAAAUGUUUCAUCAUCCUGGAUUUAUGUUAUAAAUAAGUAAAAUCUGUAUCUGUGCCAUAACGUGGCAGCAUAUGCACUCGCAGAAACAAUAUUAGUGUUAUCUCCAUUUUUAAUGCACUGUUCUUUUUUUUUUUUUACUAAGCAAUCUGGAAACUGAGGUCAAAAUUAAUUGAAACACAUCGGAAAGGAAGUGACAGUAGGCAGGCGUUUUUGUCACCAUGCUAGUUCCCAUCUGAGAAAUUAAUUUCACUGUCAAAGCAUGGCUGCACAAGAGCAUAGCUUAGAAACUAUUUGUGGGCAUAAAUAAUAAAUGCUGUGGAGAGCAAAACAAUCCAAGAGUUGGGCAAAAUGUGUUUUGGAUACCUUAACUAGAGCCUGUAGCUACAGCCCGGUGAGACCCACUUCAGCACAUUGUAUGUAUGUAGGUAUCCUAAUAUGCUGUCACUUAAAGUUCGCCACAAUUGGUAUCUCAGCGUGCAACAGUGUGAAAUAAUAUCUGAGAACUUGUAUUAUGUAACAUAAUACAAGUUCUCAGAUAUUCUUACAUUUUUGAGCGCUUUUUAAGUGAAGCUUAUGCAUGUUUGUUUAGGAGGGUCUAUAUUCACUCAUCUGCCUGCAUUCCUGGCUUUAAAUUGCACUGCUCUUCUGUCAUUUUGCCUUUCAGACUUUCAUUCAUGUGAAACAUCAUCUCCACUUCCUUCUGUGCCACCACUAUUUUUCCUACAUUAUAGGCUCCAAUCAGACUCUAAUCGUAAAAAUAGUUUAAUGUUUAGUUCUUUUCAAUGAUCUCUCAUUAUUAAAAGGUUAUUUUUGUUAAGGAGAGGCUGUGUUGUGUUGGCAGACAAAGAAUAAACUUAAAAGCAGCUUUAUAGUUGAACACUCACUGAAUACAAAACAAAACAAGACCUAAUAUUUCACAACAAGAAUCUUCCAGGAAAAAAAACACACUAUGAGGAAGGCAGAAUGAAGACAGAGACCAAAGGGAGACAGACAAUAAAUACAAACCCAUGAUAAUAAGCAGAUUUGAAACAGGUGGGAAUGCAGCCAUGAAACACAAGCGACUAAAGACUACCAAAGUAAAACAGGAAGUGAGAUAAGACAGACUAACAGCAUACAAAUUUUCACAUAAGUAAAAACCAGAAGAAAAGGCCGAGCGAACAGAACAGGAACACAAGAGGAGAUCAACCUAAGGAUCUCAGAGGCAAAGAAAAAAUAAUGAACAAGAAAUAGGAGAGAUUUAAAAACUAACCAAUACACACAACAGAACUAUAAAACAAAAAUAACGAAAGAUUCAAAAUCAGAAAAACUCCAAAGAUCCCAAAACUCAAAACGACCAUGAAUGCUCCACUAAUUAUUUAAAUAUUUCUGUGUGGACCAAAGCAGUUGGCUGAGUGACAAAGUGACAGACUGGCAUUGCCAUCCUCCAGCAAUGCCACUACUCUAAGUAAACAUGUGGCUGAAUGUCAGUCUUUUUCAAUGUCCAAAUGUCAAAGUCCUGUGUUGUUUGGAUCAUUAAAUGCUAGUUUGUCAGGUGCUCUCUAUUUGAUUCUGUUUGCUACAGUGGACACUUUUUCAUCCUCAUCUGUGUUCUUUAGCAUUUUGAACCUUUUGCUAUUAGUUACAGUUUUGUUUGUAUUAAAGCUAAAAUGCUCCCUCAGGGUCUCCUGUGUUAAGUUUAUUCCUGUGUCUGUGCUUCCGCGUUUAGUUAUUAACUGUUGUUUCCUGUUUUGUUUUGGUAGUUAUUUGUCUCCUGUGUUUUGCGUUUAAUUUUACUUCCCCUCCCAGCUCAUUGUCUUUGAUUACAUUACCUGUGUCUCCUUACUCUCCUCUGUCCAAUUCCCUGAUUACCCUUUGGUGUAUAAAUAGUGCUGUCUUCCCCUCAGUCUUAAUUUCUGUCUGUUACCCUUACUUAUGUGUUCCCUGCCUGGAUAUGGUUUUGUGCUGUCAUUUGGGUUUUUGUGUUGGCUUUUCCACUGGUUGAAUUAAAGGUGUAUUUUCAGUUCGUCCAGUUUGCCUCAAGAGCCUGCAUUUGGAUCCCUUAGCUGGCAAUUUAUGGCACUUAUAUUGUUUGGGUAAAUAUUUGUGUUCAACAUAUGUAAACAGGGUCAGCCAGAGCAUAAGGACUGGAUGGGAGCCAACUUGAAUGCAAUGGAGAGGUGGGUGUCCACGAAACAGAAAUUAUUACACAGUGGGAAACUGGGCAAUUUAGAUGUAAAAUGUAGAGACACUCAUAAUUAACAGAUUUAUGCAGUUGGCAUAUUUACAGGCUACACAACAAAUUCCUGGAUGAACAAAAUGUACAUUAAACCUUGUUAAGAACCAGUGUGUAUAAUUGUGCAUAUACUGCAGAAAGAGAAAUGUGGACACAUUUACAAAAGUGUACGUAAUGCAUUGCUAAGACAACAUAGUAAGCAAUGCAGGAGAAAUGUUUUUAUCAAGGUGCACAAGCUGUGUAGUGCACCCACAAUGCAUUAGGACAGCUAGAGUUGGCCGCUGUGACUGCAUAAUCUUCUCAAAGUUUUUGUUUUGCAAUUUUCAGAUCACAUCGUUCUUAAAAGACAGCUGCGUAGGUUUAAUGGCCUGUUUUUAGUUCCACAGAGAUGUGAUUGGUACUUCUGUCCAUCCUCUCCAGAAUCACUGGGUUCUUCACUUCUUAACCUCUAUUGCUCCAGAUGUUGUGUGGCUAUUAAAGACGUUUAGUUAUUGCAAAUGUGGGAAGUUGACUCUUUAUUACUGUUUCAUUUUUGCACUGAUCAUCACCUGCACACAUGUAUAUAUUAAUCUGUUUAGCACUUUUAAUUCUUAUUUUUAUAUUUAUUUAAGUUUUGUCUUACAGUAUGUUUUGCACUAAGUACUGCAGCAAUUUUGUAAUGUUGUAAACCUGCUCAACAUUUGGCAAUAAAACCCUUUCUGAUUCUGGUUCUGAUUCUAAUCUAUAUGGCUCCAUUUUACUUAUAGUUGUAAAUGUAUGUCAGGGCCCAUAGCCCAACAAAAAAAAAGUUAGGAACAUCACCAAGACCUCCGUUACUAAUGUGGUCCUAUGUAUUAUUUCUAAGGGCUCUGCUGUACUGGGUGGUUUGAAACCACUUCUGGUGGAGACAGCAUGUCACUUUUAGUCCUCUACCUGUCAUCUAGAUGCUGUCCCAAAUUAAUUCCUAUGCCACAAGUCCUUCUAAAUGAUUAAUUAUUUGCCUUUUUUUGGCAGUGAGCCAUUCUCUUUUUAGUCCCAGACACUCGGGAUUACCCCCUACGUCGAUAAAGGCUUGUCUUGGGUUUUGAUCUCAUCACAGUGUCCUGGCUUCUGAACUCACAUC